GCCCGUCCAAAGUUAAUUAAGUAGGCCAGCUAGCCGGAGUUACUAUCAUCUCGUCAAAAGAUGAUUUUUGUGCAGUAUAAAAUGAUGCAAAGUUACUAUCCAUACUAAGGUUAUAUAUUUGAUAACAAUGUCGCUUAGUCACUGGUCGGUGGGUUUUUUAAAAACAUUCCGACGCCAUGUAUCGACAUUGUCUAUCGAACUUGAAGGCCGUUUUAGUACGCAAUGUGGCAAAUCAGAAUUUCAUCGCAUAUAUUUGGAUAAUCAAGCCACAACAUGUAUAGACCCAAGAGUACUGGACAGCAUGAUGCCGUAUCUAACACAUGCCUUUGGCAAUCCACAUUCUAGAACACACUCAUUUGGAUGGGAAGCUGAAGAGGCAGUGAAUAAUGCAAGAGUAAGCAUAGCUGAUUUACUGAACUGCGAACCUAAGAAUAUAAUAUUCACAUCCGGUGCUACUGAAAGCAACAAUUUGGCUAUUAAGGGUUCUAAAUCCUUUUAUGGGCGAUUAAAGGAAUCUCCGGGGAAACCUAAACGUAACCACAUAAUUACAUCGCAAAUUGAGCAUAAAUGUGUACUGCAAUGCUGUAGGCAGUUGGAGAAUGAAGGAUACGAGGUAACUUAUUUGAAACCUAACAAGUUUGGAAUAAUUUCUCCGGAAGAUAUAGAGAAAAAUAUUAGGCCUGAAACGUUCCUUUGCAGUAUAAUCCAUGUUAAUAACGAAAUAGGAGUCAUACAGGACAUUGGAACUAUAGGUAACAUUUGUAAAGAACACAAAGUUUUAUUUCAUACUGAUGCUGCUCAAAGUUUUGGAAAACUUCCAAUUGAUCUGAAAUCUCUGAAUGUUGAUUUGUUGUCGUUAUCUGGACACAAAAUUUAUGGUCCAAAGGGGGUUGGUGGAUUGUAUGUUAGAACUAAACCCAGGGUUCGAUUACAACCAAUUCUCGAUGGAGGUGGUCAAGAACGUGGAUUAAGAUCCGGCACUCUUCCAACAGCUCUUGUAGUAGGUAUUGGUACCGCUGCAAAAAUAGCGAAAGUUGAAAUGGAGCGUGAUAAUAAUCAUGCCAAGAAGUUAUUCAACAAACUUGUGGAGGGGUUUAAAAGCAUUCAACAUGUUACUAUAAACGGAUCUAUAUUACCACAUGAACGUUACUUUUGCAAUUUAAAUGUCUCUUUUGAGUUUAUAGAAGGUGAAUCGUUGCUAAUGUCACUUUCAAACAUCGCAGUGAGCUCAGGAUCAGCGUGCACAUCGUCUAGUUUGGAGCCAAGUUAUGUUUUAAGAAGUUUGGAUGUAAGUGAGGAGCUUGCACAUACAUCUAUAAGAUUUGGCUUGGGGAGGUUUACUCUGGAAUCUGAGGUGGAUCAUGUAAUUGAUGUGGUCCAAAAGGCGGUGAAAAAGCUAAGGGAUCUAAGUCCGCUCUAUGAAAUGUAUAUUGAGAAAGAUGGAAAAAGUGAGAUGUUGUGGACCUGA